ACAUGGGACAGUCGUCAUCGUCGGUGCGUCUGCGGUCUGGAGGCUCCGGUAGCUGCAGGAGGAGGAGGCUGUUAAGACCUGGUUCAGAACCACUGCAGGUCAACAUUUUGAUAAGUGGAGGUUCAAUCGUCAACGCUGAGGCGGUAUGGGACCAUGUGACCAUGGCGGACCGGGAGUUGGCGUUUAAGGCCGGUGACGUCAUCAAGGUGCUGGACGCCUCCAACAAGGACUGGUGGUGGGGCCAGAUUGAUGAGGAGGAAGGAUGGUUCCCUGCCAGCUUUGUACGGGUGGAACCCCACCCUCCUCAGCCCCAAACAAAACAGGUUUUCUAUAUCAACCCCAUAGCAACUCCACGGUUCCAAAACACCACGUCAAAGCUGUGGGUGAAUCAGGAGGACGGGGGAGCGGAGCCAGCUGAGGGGACCAGCGAGGUGCAGAACGGGCACCUGGACCCGACCAAUGACUGCCUGUGUCUGGGCUCGCCCCUCCAGAACCGAGACCAGAUGAGAGCCAACGUCAUCAAUGAGAUCAUGAGCACAGAGAGACACUACAUCAAACACCUCAAGGACAUCUGUGAGGGCUAUCUGCGCCAGUGCAGGAAGCGUGUGGACAUGUUCAAUGACGACCAGCUGAAGGUCAUCUUUGGGAACAUCGAGGACAUCUACCGCUUCCAGAUGGGCUUUGUUAGAGACUUGGAGAAACAGUACAACACAGAGGACCCCCACCUCUCUGAAAUCGGACCGUGCUUUUUAGAACACCAAGAUGGUUUUUGGAUCUAUUCAGAAUACUGUAACAACCAUUUGGAUGCCUGUAUGGAGCUGAGCAAACUGAUGAGGGACGGCAGGUACCAGCACUUCUUCGAGGCCUGUCGCCUCCUCCAGCAAAUGAUUGACAUUGCCAUAGACGGCUUCUUGCUCACCCCUGUCCAGAAAAUCUGCAAAUAUCCACUCCAGUUGGCUGAGCUUCUUAAAUACACCGCGCAGGAGCACAGUGAUUAUCGAUACGUGGCAGCAGCACUGGCAGUAAUGCGGAACGUCACUCAGCAGAUCAACGAGAGGAAGAGGAGACUGGAGAACAUCGACAAGAUCGCCCAGUGGCAAGCCUCCGUGUUGGACUGGGAGGGGGAUGAUAUCUUGGACAGGAGCUCGGAGCUCAUCUACACUGGGGAGUUGUCAUGGAUCUAUCAGCCGUAUGGACGCAGCCAGCAGCGAGUCUUCUUCCUCUUUGAUCACCAGCUGGUCCUCUGUAAGAAGGAUCUGAUACGCCGGGACAUCCUGUACUAUAAGGGCCGCAUCGACAUGGAUCGCUACGAGGUGCGGGACGCCAUAGACGGGCGCGACGACGACUUCAACGUCAGCGUGAAGAACGCCUUUAAAUUGUGCAACAAAGACAGCGAGGAGAUCCACAUCUUCCUGGCCAAGAAGCCAGAGGAGAAGAUCCGCUGGCUCAGGGCCUUCCACGAGGAGAGGAAGAUGGUGCAGGAGGAUGAGAAAAUCGGUUUUGAGAUCUCUGAGUACCAGAAGCGGCAGGCGGCCAUGACAGUGAGAAAGGUGACCAAACAGAAAGGUGUAAACAGGUGCACGCCCCCCUCAUACCCGCCCCCCCAGGACCCCCUCAGUGCGGGGCAGUAUGAGGUAACGGAGGACAUGGCACAAGGAGAGGUUUUUGAAUUCAGUCAAUCCAAAAGAGGCCAGGCUCCUUUCUGGCAGAAUUUUAGUAGAUUAGCUCCAUUUAAGAAAUAGAGAUGCACAGACUCUUCUGAAGGACCAGCUAUUUUUCUUAGAAGCACUAAACACUGGAUGAUCAUGUCCCAUGAUGAAGAAAAAUACGAAAAACACACAUAACACAAGAGACUUUUGAAAAUUAUGGACCAUUGUUAAUAUAGGGUGUGAUUGGAAGCAGCAAGAGGACUGAAGACUUGGAUUUAAACAGAAAAAAUAAAACUUUACAGUUCAUAUAUGUUAGUAACGUUCUUAGUUAUCAUGCUUCUCCAGCUGAGUCGACUGUCAUGAACUCUUUCCCUCGGAUUCUGCAUCUUCAUCUGAAUGUCCUGGAGUUAUUUAGAUUGUUAUAUGAAUUCAUUUUGAACCAUCGUCUGGAGAGAGGCCGAGCCAGUGGUAGUAUGAUUGUGUCCAAAAAGCUGAGAUCUUGCUGUGCUGCUAUGUGAGAUUACUUGUUGCAUUCUUCUGAAUGUGAGCUCGAAUAAUGAGCGGCCUCGGCUUUAACCGGCCGUGGCGCGUGAAGGACCUGCGAAGCUCGACCGUCAGCAUCAUCUCUGAGUUAGAUCCUUUCUGCCACUGAUCACAGACCAGCCAGGCUCAUCUCUGCUCUACCGAUGUCUGGAUCUCCUCCUCAUGCUCAACGAUCCAUGUUCCUCUCUCUCGCACAUAGUAGCCCUUUCUUCACCGAGUCUGACGUUCACAGUGUUUCCCUCACUCUCUGCAUCCCUCUCUAUCUCUCUACCCACCUGCUCGGCCUCUGUGAGUCAGUGGCUCUCAGAGGAAGAGCUUCAUUCUUUUGGAAAGCUGCCAUUGGCCAUGAUAGGGUGGGUCAGGGAACAAAUCAAUAGUGGGAACAUCAAUAGAAUAUUUACAUCCUUUCACCAACCACUUUUGACAGGGUAUUCAUAGCCGAUCAUGCCGAGGGGGCUGCGGGUUUGCAUUUUUGACGGAGAGAGAGCUCGCCGCUCAGAUGAAACAGCUGGGAGCAGGAGAUAGGCGGGCCGCGGUCCGCCUGCCUUGUGUCAGAGCCCCUCCCCACUCUCCCCAGAGACCACCCCUGUAGCACUGUGCUGGCAGCUCACUGGGCGUUUGGAAAGAGAACAGCCUACCUCCGGGAAUCCUCUGAGAGCUAAAAGUGAAGUUGAGGCAUUGGCCAAGGUCUAAAAUAAUAUCUCUAUUUCCAUGUCAGCUGUCAAAAUAACAACUCGCUUAGUUAAUUAUUUUGUGUUGCUCACAUUGUAAAAAGCACAGCACUUGUUUAGUCUGAGGAGUACUUUCAUUUAGAGGGGACAUAUUAUGCUCAUUUUUAGGUUCACACUUGUAUUUUUGGUUUCUACUAGAACAUGUUUACAUUCUUUAAGGUUCAAAAAGACGUUAUUUUAUCUCAUAUUCACCUUCUGUUUCAAACGUGCCUGUCUCUUUAAAUUCCCAGUCAAACAGAAUAUCUGAGCUGUAAAUCAAAUCCUUUGUUAAAAAAGUGGGCAGGUUUAGAGUUUAGCAGAGCUAAUGCUAGCCACAGCCUGCAAGCUACUUUCAUUGGAAAACACUGCAGCUACAGAGAACUGUUGGCAUCACACACACACACACACACACACACACACAAACACCUCCCUCACCUGUUGUAGAUCAGCAGGAGGACCUUCAGUUGACUCCGUGUUGCAUUGCAGGCAUGCAGACGAUCGGUGCCUGAGGCUCCGGAGCUCCCCGCUCACCCACACAAGUCCACCAUCAUCUGGUGGCCGCAGUCACACAGACAAAGAGACGGCUCAAUAUCAGCAAAGCUUCCCCCAAAUGAAUAAGACCUUAUCAUAUUGUUACUUUAAUGUAAUUUAGAGAACUUCAGAUAGAUUUUGCCACCACCACAACAUCACAAACAAGCUAGUAGCUUAUUAAUCUGAGCUCUUUACCACAGAUUGAGCGAUUGAUAUUAAUAUUAUUGGUUGUUACUAUCUUAUGUAAGCACAUGUCAUAUUUUGUUCUAUUUCAAAUUCAAAGAUUUUGUCAUUUCUUUUGGCAUAUGUUGUUAAGUAGGUGCACAAUAUUAACUGGGGUGUUAUCUAAAGGGGUUAUUUCACGUCAUCUCAACUUUAAACCCCCCUCUCAAAAAAAAUCCACUUUCUUUUUUAUUGGCUUGUGGAAAAAAAAGCCUGCAUGUGAUAUAAGAGGGUGAGCUAAAUCUGAAUUGCUUAUUGAAUCUCUUUGGACAACAUACAAAACACUGACAUUGCUGUUUUAUUUCACAGUUUGUAGGAUGCUUGGCACUCAGAUGCACUGAAAGUGUGAGUUUCUCCAUAAUAUGUCCCCUUUAAGUAAUCCAAACAUGCCACAAUGUGAGAAAUUAGAACGAACCCUGAACCAGCACAAGGGGAAAUGGUCAUAAAAUUGUCAGAAGUUAUAAAUGUUUGGUCGGUUGUUAGACAGCAGUGAGCUAGUACCGUAGGGAGGCAGAAAGGUGAUUUUAAUCUGUAGCAUGCAGGUGUCCUCCGACAGAUUCAUGCCUCUCUAAAGACUGCAGCUUCAAUUCUUGGCGCUCCUUCCCGUUGUUUUUCCAGAUCUGAUCCGUGUUCUUGGGGCUGUUAAGUGAUUUUUUUUUACAGAGAACUGCGGCCUGAUCAGAUUGAUUUGUUUUAUCGACAAUUGUCCCCGAAGCUGCUGCAUUAUGCUCUGACAACAGAGGUGAAAAGUUAGACAAGAGAAGAGGAGAAACUACUUUACACACAACAUGAAGGUAUAUUCUUUUCUACAGUUGGAAUGUAAGUGUCCAUGGUUUGUGAUCAUAUUUUUGACCUCAGAUACAGAUUUUGUGUUCUCUCACCUGAUGGACAGUACAUAUACAGUAUGACAACUUGUGCAAUGUGAUAUAUCAUUAUAUAUCUUCACUAUUCACUACGACGUGAUAUGAAAGAGUUAUAUAUCGUUCUAUGUCAUUUGUUUGCCUUCUUUUAGGCCUUAUAACCUAUUGGAGAAAAAAAAGACCUUAGAGUUGCUUUGUAUGUUGUGUAAUUUAUGUUUUGUUUCAGUAAAGAAAGUUGAGAAAUGGGUGAGUUGGCUGCUGGUGUCUGUAGAGAUGGCUCCCAGUGAGAUUGUUUUGGAAGAUAAUUCCCUGGUCUGGCACAGCAAAAAGAUAUGGUUCCCAGGCCAUGAUAACCUCAGGUCCCGUGCUACGCCCACCCCCACUCCCUCACUCUCCCAUUCCCUUACUUACCACGCCACCAACAACACACACACACACAAGCAUGCAGGCAAACACACACACACACACACACACAGACACAUAAUCAUGAGCACUUGCUGGCCCGUUCUGCUGCGGAGACGAGAGAUGCUAUCUAACAGUGCCUUCCAGCAUUCCACUAGUGAUUAUCUAUUCAGUUUCACAGGCAGAUUUGAAUUAGUCAUGUAUUUUCCCUUCAGUGUGGGACUUGCAUCUCUCUCUCUCUCUUUCUCUCUCUCUCUCUCUUUCUUUCUCUCUCUCUGUCUCUCAUACACACUGGGAAUUCCUCGUUCCCCAGUGCAUGAGACCCACUCGGACAGAAACUUUAGAGGUCAGGCCUUUUCCAUAUGAGUAGAUACUGUGCUGUCUGACUGAAACACACCUUAUUAUCAUUAUGAUUAUUAUAUUAUAUCACACGUACAUAGCGGUAAUUUUCUUGCACAAAAAAGAUAAUUUAGUAACAUAGAAUUCCUUUAUUAUCUAUUUAUCAUGCUGAAAGAUGGUUUCAUUUGAAUAUAUCGUAGGAAAUUUUCAUUAGUCAAGUUAGGUUUCACUUUUCAAACUAUAUUAUUAACAGUGAAUCAAAAGAAGAAUCAUCUAUUUUACCUUUAUCAGCUACACACUGUAAAUAAUGUAAAAAGAACAGAUCAUAUAUUUGGAUAUUGGUAUUUUGCGUUGGAGACGAAUGUUGUUCCAGUUCUAGCGUGCGGUAGACCUCAGUACCAGGUAAAUGCAUGCUCGUGGCAUCCAAUAUUUUGCAUGAGACUUUAGACAACUCUUAACAGAUUGUUUGGUUUCAUUUAACUUCCAAUGGGGAUUUUUUUCCACCCACAACACGGAACCAUUCAUUUGUGAACCCAUACCAUCUCACUAUAGGGAGUUCUUUUCUCUGUCCACCUGUCUCCGGCUCAUUACAGGUUGUAGCUUCUGUUUUUUAUUUAUUACGUAGAGGGGGAACACCUUUCCUCACGCUGACUCAAAGACUGAACUGUUGAUAGGUGAAAUAAAAAGGCACUAACGCUCUCUUUGCCCAGAUAUAUUGGGUACUAUAAACUGUAAAUUCAAAAUCUUUUUCUUCGACUCCAACCUGCACUGUCACGGUCCAAACUGCUGGUUAUUUUACUUUUUUAAAUUAUUAUUUGGAAUGCCAUUAACCGCUGAGGCAAAACGGGUAUAAUUUUUCUAUGACAACAGUGAACCAAAUAGGAGGUAGCACUGAUCAUGGGUGUUUGUGUAUAGAUUUGUAGUCGAGCAGAAGAGCUGAAUAAAUGCGAAACCUCUCGGGAUGAGCUAAAAAUAAACAUAAUCCUGAAGACACGCACACACAUACACACAGUACUUCAUUGCAAUUCAUAUCAUGCUCUUGUUUAAGGAAUAAAUCUUUGAAGUACAAUGACUUGACAGUACAAAUUAAUUCCUCACUUGUAUUUAUUGAAUGCAGUAUUAUUAAUAGUACCAUUUUGGCCACGCUGUUCAAAGGAUGUAUAUAUUGGUUUUUAUUUGUCUUCUAUAAUUAUCAUUCUGACCUUGAGAGCUGAGAGGAAAGCCUUCUGUGUGGAAGAUUUUUUUAUAUAUAUAUAUAUAUAUGAAUAUAUUUCCGGUCAUAAAACCAUGGCAGUCAAUUUAGCAGACUUGUCAAUUGGAUGCAUCAGAAGUUGCUCAGAUUUCUAGAGUUACUCCUUUUAGUCCAGGGUGUAAAUGAGCUAAGCGCUCAUAUUUAGCAUAGCAGCAUCUUCAGUCGGGGCUCCUUGCAGUUGGUUAAUGCGGUCCUGUGUUGUUUCAGAACAGUCAGGGUACAACAGAGUCUUCAAUGAGCCAUAUACUGAUGUGGUGUUCAAUGACAACAAGGUUAACAGAAGACUGACAUCCCACUUUUGGAAUCUACUCAUUGUAUAUUACCAUCAAGUUUGAGGUCUUGAUUUUUUUGCCUAUCACACAAGAAAACUUUACUCACACUAUCCAUAUCCUUUGUCACCAUAUGCAACUCAUUUUCUUUCUUGCUGGCCUUUGAGUUUAAUUAUUUGUUGUAGAAAUGGAAAAAAAAAACAUGAAAAAUAAUGCCUAUUCAAUCCAGAAACUGUGAAUGGGAGAGUGGAGAUGUCAACUGUAUGUACAUUAUAUGUUUUGAUGUAAUCAGAAGCACUGGGAAUAUGUUGUACUUCGCUGUAAAAAUAAAUCCAUAUCUGAUAUAGCUGUACUUUUGUUGAAAAUAAAACCUCUACAGAA